AUGUUCUCGGCGAAACUUGCUGUAUUUCUGGCAGUGUGCGUCCUUGUUUGCGAUGCCUGUGCGCCCGGCAGACCACGACAACAACCUGCAGCAGCUGCUGCUAGCACUAAUGGUCGUAGAGGCGGUACCAGUGGUAGACGAGGCAGUGGUAGUGGAGGAAGCUCUGGUGGUGGUGGAGGUGCUGGUGGUGGAGGUGCUGGUGGUGGAGGUGCUGGUGGUGGAAGUGACGCUUCUGGUGGAAGUGGUGGACAAAAUAAUCAAAAUCCUGGCGGCAAUCAAACUCCUGACACUACUAGUCGUAAUGCUGGAGGCAAUACUGGUAACAACGGUAAUGGGGGAGCUAUGGGUGCCAACGCAGCAGGUGCUGGUACACGAGGUUAG